CGGUCGUCAACGUAAGCUUAAGCAUACAAAUAGUCUAGAGACCCAACGAAUCCAAUAAACAAAAAAAAAGAGGUAAUUUUAUAUUUGAUUCUUUUUUGCUCAUCCAUUAGGACGCCACCCACGUUCUCUGUUCCUUCAGACCAUCAACCACUGUCAAAUGUCAGCUUAUGGCCACUCUUCUCUUUCAGUUCAUGAACUUCUCUUCCAAUGGAAACUCAUCUUUUCCUCCUCUUUCUCUCACUCAUCCUCCUCUUUAUAUCCAAACCCGGAUCCGGAUUCGGAUCCUCCGGCCCUAUCGCUGCUUCCUUCGGCGGCGGAGGCGGCGGCUCUGCUUUCUUCUGCGCCAUUGACGCUAGCGGUCGCCAAGAAGUUAUCUGCUGGGGCAAGAACUACUCCUCUCCUUCCUCUCCAUCUUCCUCUUCUUCGACCUCUUCGCAAAGCUACAACGUUCCUUCGAUGGCGGUUCUCUCAGGCGGAGACGGUUUCCUCUGCGGUGUCUUGUCCAACACGUCUCAACCCUUUUGUUUCAGUUCACUCGGAUCUUCCUCCUCGGGUGUGGAUCUCGUCCCUCUCUCUUACAGGACUACUGCUUACUCUCAGAUCGCCGCUGGAAACAGCCAUGUCUGUGCAGUCAGAGGAGCUUACUACUCGGACCACGACUCCGGGACUGUAGACUGCUGGGAGAUAACGAGAUCUAAGAAUAACAACACCUUCGUCGCUAAAGAGUCUCCUAACUUCUAUGAUCGUGACGUUAGUAACCUCGUCUUCAACAAGAUCGUUUCAGGUGAUGGGUUUAGCUGCGGUGGAGUCAGAGAAGGUGGGAUGCUCUGUUUUGGCCCAAAGUCUUCGACUUUAGGGUUUAACUCAACUUCGGACAGCUUCGAGGUCUUAGCCGCUGGGAAGAGUUCUGUCUGUGCGAUUCUAAACUCAUCUCGAGUGGUCAGGUGUUGGGGAGACGAGGACUCUUUUGCUAACUCUCCAUCCGAUGACUCUAGCUUCGUUGCGUUAACCUCUGGUCCUAACCACUUCUGUGGGAUCCGUGAGGAUACUCACGAGGUUGAGUGUUGGGGUAACGCUAACUUCUCGUUGAUACCUAAAGGCUCUGGCUUUAAGGCGAUCGCUUCUUCCGAUUCCAUCGUUUGCGGUAUAAGAGAAGAGGAUCUUGUUCUCGAUUGCUGGAUGGUUAACGGAUCGUUCACGUUAGCUUACGAUCCUCCGUUAGAGCUUUGCAGUCCGGGGGUAUGCAGAGCUGGUCCUUGCGUGGAGGAGAAAGAGUUUGCUUUCAACGCAAGCAUCCUCGACGAGCCUGACCUAACGAGUUUAUGCGUGAGAAAGGAGUUAACGCUCUGCUCUCCUUGCGGCUCGGAUUGCUCUAAAGGAUUCUUCUUGUCGAGUUCUUGCACCGAGAACUCUGACCGGGUCUGCACGUCGUGCUCGCUUUGUCAGAACAGUUCUUGUUCCGACAUAUGCAAGCUUCACAACCACGAUUCUGAUUCUUCGUCGGACAAGCAUUGGCAUCAGCUGCAGAGACUAGCUCUCAUCGUGGGCUCUAGCGCGUUGUCGGCUCUGUUGAUCAUCAUAAUCUGUUGCUGCGUUGUGCCACGGUUCGUUGCUAGUCCUAACAAAGAAGACGGUUUCAAAUCUUGCAUGGGAAAGACCGAUCUAGACACGGAGCCGCUCGAAACCAUCACCCCUGCUCCUUCUAUAACCCCUUUCGCGCAAGUGUUUAGACUCUCCGAACUCAAAGACGCGACCAACGGGUUCAAAGAGUUCAACGAGCUAGGCAGAGGAAGCUACGGGUUCGUCUACAAGGCCGCGUUAUCCGACGGGAGACAAGUCGCGGUCAAGAGAGCGAACGCAUCGACCAUAAUCCACACGAACGCUAGAGAGUUCGAGGCCGAGCUAGAGAUUCUAUGCAACAUCAGGCAUAGCAACAUCGUGAAUCUCAUCGGUUACUCGACCGAGAUGGGAGAGAGGCUUCUUGUCUACGAGUACAUGCCUCACGGUACCCUUCACGAUCAUCUGCACGGCGGGUUUUCGCCGUUGAGUUGGAGCUUAAGGGUUCGAAUCGCGUUGCAAACCGCUAAAGGUCUAGAGUAUCUACACGUUGAUGCUGAGCCGAGGAUUGUCCAUGGAGAUGUGAAGUCUUCGAACGUGCUUUUGGACUCGGAGUGGGCCGCUAGAGUUGCGGAUUUUGGGCUCGUGACGUCGUCUAGCGAGAGGAGUUUGGACGUCAAAGGAGAUGUUUAUGACUUUGGCGUCGUGUUGUUGGAGAUUUUGACCGGGAGGAAGCGUUACGAUAGGGAUUAUGAUCCUCCGGAGAUUGUUGAAUGGGCGGUUCCGGUGAUUAGAGAAGGCAAAGCGGCGGAGAUUUUGGAUAGAUAUAUUGCGUUGCCGAGAAAUGUUGAGCCGUUGUUGAAACUUGCUGACGUGGCUGAGUUGUGUGUACGGGAGGAUCCGAGUCAACGACCAACUAUGUCGGAACUUGUGAACUUGUUGGAUCAGUUGGCCAGAGAUGGACUGCUCUUGUAGUUUUUGUUUUGUUUUUUUCUUUUCGGUGUGAGUGUUAUCUAUUCUUUUAUUUCUAAAUUUCAAUUGUAUAAUCAAAUAUUCAUACAGAAUAUGUGAAAAACAAUUAUUCAACUAGAGAA